AAAAAAAAGUUAGGUUAUUUUUAACCAUGGACUUCCCUUCGAUGGUGGAGCGUUCUGGAGAUCAUCUGGUGAUUCGCAGUCUGGUAAGUGGUGCUCCAGUGUACCAAACUCCGUUGGGCAGUGGCGAAGGAUUGCAGCCGCUCAUGGAAGCUGACAUCUUGGAACGCCAGCUGGAUCAAUUCAAGAUGGGCAGUCUGAUUAUGCCUUCGCUUGCGAUGUCGUCGGUGCCCCUGCCCGCAUCCCAAGCAGCCCUCGGAAAGGAGAGCCUAGAUUCCACCACCCUGUCAGAGGGAAACUCUGUUACCAAUGAGGAAGACCUGCCACAGUGCAAAAUCCGGCGUAACUACAGCUGCAACCAGUGUGCGUUCUUCACCCAGAAUCCCCGAAGUCAUCUCUCCCAUCUACGAGAUGUCCACGGCGAAAGGAUAGUAAUAAACGAGUGCAAGCUGUGCUUGUACGCGUCUCGGCAUUUCCAGAAGCUAGUCCGUCACAUGAAAAUGGUUCAUGGUUGUUCAGAUGAUGGUGGCACUCCAGGGUCCAGUGGCCAGAUGAAAGGUAAGCGAAAUCUUUCCAGAGAGGCGCGCAAGCGGCGAUUAGAGGAGAGUAUUGAAGUACCGAGUGCCAGUGCGCCCAGCUUAGAUCCUAACCUGGUGAAGAUGCUCCAAAAUGGACCUUCCCUGGAGCAGCUGAAGGCCGAGCUCCAGCAGCAAGAGCAGUUGCUUCUAAGCAACGUCCAGGCCUACAACCGCCAGCAGGAAGUACAGCAGCUCCAGCAAAUUGUCGAAAGCCACGACAACAUCUUCUCCAUGGCCUUUGAAUAUCAGCUCAAGUUGAUGCCGCCGAAGCAACAGGGCACAACCGGUAAGAUGGAUGGAAAUAGCAGCUCCGACUCGGAGGAGCCCCCCCAAAGUCCCACCACGGAGGUGUUGGAGCUGCCGCCAGGUGUGGAGCAAUUUCAGUGUCACAAGUGCUCGUACAGCACCCCCAUCCGGGCUAGAUUCAAAAAGCACGUCAAGUACCACUCCAUGCCAUUGAUAAAGUGCAGCUCCUGUGACUUCCACACCCCUUACAAAUGGAAUCUGGACAGGCACACCAAGAACCACGGGGCCCACGGUCACUUCAAAUGCUCAGUUUGCGAUUUCAGCACAGACAUCAAACAGUCACUAACGAUUCACGAGCUUAACCAUCACGUUCCUACGGUGGGUCACCAGAUGGCCGCCAGACGCCGUGCCCCCGAAGAACAAGAAGAUCAAGUAGAUCAAGCGAAUAUAGCCAGGAAGACGGAGAUGGAAAAGGUUCCUCCGACUGUUAUAGCUCUUGAUUCGCCGCUGCCAGAGAUGUCGGGGUUGAACUGCACCUAUUGCCAGCAACGACUGGCCAAUUCUGUGGAUCUCUUCAAGCACCUUCAGACAUGUUCUCCGGCUGGGAAAGUCCAAAGCCAAAAUCUCGCUGCGUUAGGCGGGGACAAUGAGAUGACCGAGGAGGAGCUACCUAGUGGUACCAGCGAUCUUAGCUACUGUGGAGUGGAAACGGCUCCAGGUUAUGGAGAAGUAACAGACCAAUUCCUUCCCGAUGACGCCGAUGAUAUGACUCCUUUGAAGAAAGUAUUCAAGUGUCCACAUUGUACAUUUUGGGCGGCAACUGCCUCCCGUUUCCACGUCCAUAUCGUGGGUCACCUGAAUAGGAAGCCCUUUGAGUGUUCCCUGUGCGCCUACCGCUCCAACUGGCGCUGGGACAUCACCAAGCACAUCCGCUUAAAGGCUAUCCGCGACAAGUCCCACAACCAGGCGCAGGUUUUAAUGAACGACGAGACUGGAAGACGUAACUACGCAAAGUACAAUCAAUACCUGACUCUAAUGAAGGUGAAUGUUGAUCAGUUGGGUGAUGCCAAAGCCAUGCGAACGGGCGACAUGAUAGUGGUGCCACCCGAGAAACUAGAGGGUCAAAUUGGUGGCCCAACCGAAACAAUGGAAAAGGAAGACAAUGCCACUGCCACCUCUUCUCAAGUGCUUCCCGAAAUAUUAGAGAGUGGUUCACGAUCCGUGGCCCUGGAUUUAAGCAAACCAAAAGAAGACCCAUUAAUGGAAUUGAAAAUGGAUUGUGAAGAAUCCUCCACAGAGGAUGUGCAUAUGGAGAUCGUGCAGGAGAAGAUUACGGAUUUGGAAGAGCCAGGCUCACCAGCCAAUUGCUUGGCUGAAAAUAUGGAUUCUCCGCUUGAUUUGUGCCAACCAAGUACUACCAUUGACAGUGAAAUGAGUCUUGACCUAUCUCUAGAAAGUGAAUAGUGGUCGAUGCCUUAAACCACUACUUUAAGACAUGUUAUUUCCGAUUUAAAGCUAAGAAACUAUGUAUUACAAUAUAAAAACAGUAUUUGCCCCUAA